UGUAAAAGAAACCCUUAAAAAGUAUCGACAAACAAAGAUUGAUUUUGUAAUUUAUUUUUCUUCUUCUCCCUUUUUUUUUAGAUAAUUUAAAAAAUAUUUUUAAAUGAAUUUUUAUUAUUUAAAAUUAAAAAUGGCGGAAGAUAAAGGCCGAUAUGUAUAUACGUUUAUAUGUAUUUGUAGGGAAGAAAGCACUUAAAACGAUCAAAGAAAAAUCAUCUCGGAGAAGCAUUUGGUUGAUUACGCGCCUGCGCUGAUGUCAAUUUGACAUUACUGUGUUGGGGAAAAGCACAGUUAGCUGGGAACUGUUUGACAGACAACAUCAUGACCGGUCCCAGCUGUCUAAUACCCGUUUCCAUUCAAACUACGGAUUACAGUGCUAACUUCAAGCGCUAGUGUAGAAGAGGUGUGUAGUCGGGUGACUGUCUAACAUCUACAAACCAACUGUAUCUUGUUAGCGGAUAGUGCGGAAUAUGGCGGAAAAUGACGUCAAUCGCCAAUUGUCGAGUCUCCAUGAUGCUGGACCAUGGUAAAUUUGCAGUGUAGUUCCGCUAAGCAUUUAUUUAAAAUCGGCACCAGUAAAAAUCGAUCUUUCUAACAUAUUACGAAAUAUAUAUAUAUAUACAGGACUAAAAAGAUCAUUUGUGGAUUUAUUAUUGUUAUUAUUAUUUUUAUUUUUUUAUUAAAAAUCUGUGGAUACCUGUAGAGUUUUUAUGGGAUUGAUUGCUCUGUGGAUAUUGUGCUUGCGGCCGCGUUUCGCCGUUAAGUAGCAUUCAAGGCGAAGGUAACCCUUGAAAAUUAGCCAUGGGAUGUGCUAUGAGUGCAGAAGAGCGUCAGGCUUUGGCAAGAAGCAAGCAGAUUGAAAAAAGUUUAAAAGAAGAUGGUAUCCAAGCAGCAAAGGAUAUCAAGUUAUUAUUAUUAGGUGCGGGUGAAUCCGGUAAAAGCACAAUUGUCAAACAGAUGAAAAUUAUUCACGACAGUGGAUUUACAUCAGAAGACUUCAGGCAGUAUAAGCCAGUCGUCUAUAGCAACACGGUACAAUCAAUGGUGGCUAUAUUGAGAGCCAUGCCAACAUUGGGAAUAAAUUUCAGUAACAACGAGAGAGAGGCUGAUGCAAAGAUGGUAUUUGAUGUUGUAUCAAGAAUGGAGGAUACAGAACCAAUUUCUGAAGAAUUAUUGAGUGCCAUGAAAAGGCUAUGGAAUGAUACGGGUGUACAAGACUGUUUCGGACGGAAUAAUUUAAUUAUUAUUUUUUAA